AUGGGUAUUUGCAGCUGAUUUUCAAGCAAGGAUACGUGUAAUUGGAUCGACAGUAGCGUCCCUCUGAAACUAAGGCCUUUCUUCUUUAAGGCUUUGAAAUUUUAGCAGAGUUCUAUGAUAAUAAAUGACAGAAGCUCAUUCCGUUUUUGAGUCAUAAUGACUUUUAAACAAGUGGUCCUGCUAAUUCGUUUUCAUUUUUCGGAGAAAUGAUUGAAAUCGAUUAGGUCAGUAAUUUGAUGCGUUCUAAUUCUACUCAGUUGAAUAGUUAACGAAGUGUAUGUUGAUCUAUUGAUUCAGAAGUAAUAUUGCCAGCAACUCAAAAUACCUUUUUCCAUCUUUUUACAGGAUGUCAACUGACUGGUUCAGACAUUUCCCUCCAGGAGGGAUUGAUCAGGAGAUAAGCAGAGAUGCACUGGGCACAAGUGAAAGAUGCAUAUGAUAAAGGUUUCUUUCAUCUGCCAGGUCACCACAAAAAUCAGCAAAACACCUCACUGCAUGAGAAGUUCAAUAUAACACCAUGUCUUAAAUCUCCAGUGGAAAACAGUGAAAAGACAUCUGGCAAGAAUAAUACGUCCCUGGCCAAAUGUAAGCGGCUAGCAUCGAACGAAGUUCUGGCAACUUGGAAACCUUCAUAUCUUGAAACAGGAAGUCAAGCACUCUUAAGGGAACCGAACCGCUUCACUCUACCACCCCUCCGCUCUUUGUCUGCUGGGAAUCGCAGGACAUCUCUUCAGGAUAACCUGAACAGCAAACUUUUCCUACGCUGA